AUACUCCUUUAAAAAAAAACAAAAAAAACUUUUUUCUUCAAAAAAAAAAAAAAAAUGUCUUCACCUACUGCUGAAAACAAUGGUUCGUCAACUACCACACCUGUCGAACAACAACAACAACAACAACAACAAUUGGGUGGUGCAGGUAUGACUGUUCCUUCCGCUUCUGCUUCUUUAUAUGUUGGAGAACUCGACCCUUCAGUUACCGAAGCCAUGUUGUUUGAAAUGUUUAACAUGAUUGGACCAGUAGCCAGUAUUCGUGUUUGUAGAGAUGCAGUCACUAGAAGAUCUUUAGGUUAUGCCUAUGUCAAUUUCCAUAACCUUGUUGAUGCUGAACGCGCUCUUGAAUCUCUAAACUACAGUCUAAUCAAAGGACGUGCUUGUCGCAUCAUGUGGUCUCAGCGUGAUCCUGCUUUGCGUAGAACUGGUAAUGGGAAUAUCUUCAUCAAAAAUUUAGAUCCUACUAUUGACAAUAAGGCCCUUCAUGAUACCUUUUCCGCUUUUGGCAACAUUUUAUCUUGCAAAAUUGCACAAGACGAUGAAGGAAAAUCAAAAGGAUAUGGUUUCGUUCAUUAUGAGACAGAAGAAGCUGCUGAUACAGCUAUCAAGCACGUCAAUGGUAUGCUGUUGAACGAUAGAAAGGUUUUUGUCGGUCAUCAUAUUCCUCGUAAAGAACGUCAAUCAAAAAUCGAAGAAAUUCGUGCACAGUUUACAAAUGUAUACGUCAAGAAUUUAUCAGACGAUGUUGAUGAUACGCAAUUGGAUGCUAUGUUUAGUAAAUUUGGACCCAUCACUUCAGCCAUUGUUUCACGCGACGAAGAAGGAAAAUCGCGUGGAUUUGGGUUUGUCAAUUUCGAAAACCACGAUGAUGCCUAUCAAGCUGUUGAAGCCCUCAACGAAACAGAAUACCAUGGUCAGCAACUCUAUGUAUCUCGUGCACAAAAGAAGAACGAACGCGAAGAAGAACUUCGACGCCAGUACGAACAAGCCAAGCUGGAAAAACUGAGCAAGUUUCAAGGUGUCAAUCUCUAUGUCAAGAACCUAGAUGAUGAUAUCAACGAUGAUCGACUUCGACAAGAAUUCUCUGUCUAUGGCGUCAUCACAUCUGCUAAAGUCAUGCGUGAUGAAAAGACAGAUGUCAGCCGAGGAUUUGGGUUUGUUUGCUUUUCUUCGCCUGAAGAAGCCACAAGAGCCGUGACUGAGAUGAACGGCCGCAUGUUAGGCUCUAAGCCUAUCUAUGUUGCGCUUGCUCAACGUAAAGAAGUACGUCGUUCUCAACUCGAGAUCCAAAUGGCUCAAAGAAACCAAAUGCGUACUAUGGGUAUGCCCGGUGGAGUUGCAGGUGGUUAUAUGCCACCAGGUGCUCCUAUGUUUUAUGCCCCUCCUCCACAUCCUGGUAACAAUGGUGGGUUCUUGCCUCAAGCAGGUCAACGACCCAUGUUCCCCCAAGGCCAGAUGAUGCCUCGUCCUCGCUGGGCUCCACAACAAGGAUUUCCUCCUCAAGGUAUGCCUCAGCCUGGUUAUCCUCCAAUGCAAAGGCCUCCUCGUGGACCUCGUCCUCCCCGUGCCAAGGAUCGCAAGCCCGAAAAUAUCCAACCACAGGGCGAUAAUGAAGGAGUAGAUGCUGGGUCUAAUGAGGGACAGAACUCUUUAUCUGCUAAUGACCUUGCUGCUGCUGCUCCUGAAAUUCAAAAACAAAUGCUAGGUGAAAGACUGUAUCCUCUCAUUACUGCACAAGAGCCUGAAUAUGCAGGUAAAAUUACCGGUAUGCUUCUAGAAAUGGAUAAUGCAGAACUCUUGCAUUUGCUUGAAGACAGGGAAUCGUUAAGCAACAAAGUUCAAGAAGCAAUGGAUGUACUUGAGCAACAUUUAGCUACCAACACUGAAUAAGACCUU